UUGGAAAUAUGCAGCUGUUGCAUCAACAACACAUAUUUUUGCAAGUCUAUCAUGUUUAGCUUCAAUGAUACAUUCACAGACUUUUUGUCCGACCUGUCCGGUUGUGAAAAGGAUGGAGACAUUGAGGAGACGAUCUUUCGGCUUGAAGCUGACUUCUCAGGAAAAGAAGGAGGGGAGAGCGACAAGCGCGCCUGUCUGGACCACGCGCUGCGGCGGCGCGUGGCCUCCGUGGCCGAGGAGGCGCCGACCGGUCAGGCCGAGCGGCAGCUGCGCGCCGUGCUGCAGCUGUCGGUGAGGCUGGCCCGCUCCGACCGCUGCUCCCCCACCACCCCGAUCGUGCUGCUCUCGGACAGCUUCGACGCGCUGCCGCUGGACGGCGCCCAGGCGCUGUUCGCCUUCGUGGAGGAUAAUGUGGCCACUUGGAAGGAGGAGAUGUUCUUCAACGCCUGCAAGAAUAACCUGCUGCGGAUGUGCAAUGAUCUGUUGCGGCGCCUGUCGCGCUCACAGAACACUGUCUUCUGUGGCCGCAUCCUGCUCUUCCUGGCCAAGUUCUUCCCGCUCUCGGAGCGCAGUGGCCUGAACGUCAUCAGUGAGUUCAACCUGGACAACCUGACGGCGUUCGGUGACGGAGACGGCGGAGAGGAUGUGGUCGAGAUGACCGAGGACGGCGAGGAACCCUCGGCGCCCGCGCCGACGGCCGACGCGCCAGAUGUGCCCGGCCCGCCGCUGGACUACAACCUCUACCGCAAGUUCUGGGCGCUGCAGGACUUCUUCAGAAACCCCAACCAGUGCUACUCCAAGGUCCCCUGGAAGGCAUUCAACUCGUACACUACAGACGUGCUGGCGGCAUUCACGGGGUUCAAGCUGGAUGAAUCUUCUAGCUCACAUCUGAGUAAGCUGGAGUCGGACACCCAGGAGUACUUUGCCAAGUACCUGACGUCCCAGAAGCUGCUGCAGCUGCAGCUCAGCGACUCCAUGUUCCGCCGCUUCGUGCUGGUCCAGUUCCUCAUCCUGUUCCAGUACCUCGCGUCGCCGGUCAAGUUCAAAAGCGAGGGUCAGGUGCUGACGGAGGCUCAGCAGACCUGGCUGCAGGAGACUCAACAGACUGUCUACAGCCUGAUCGCGGAAACGCCGCCACACGGCAAACAGUUUGCUGAAACGAUCCGCACCAUUCUCAAGCGUGAGGAGAGCUGGAACACGUGGAAGAACGACGGCUGUCCGGCGUUCAAACCUCCCGUGGCGCCGGAGGAGAAGGCGGAACCGGCGGCGGACCGGGCUGCCGGCCGGCCCGCGCCCCGCCGCAGACAGAAACGGAAAGUCGGCGACGUGCUGAGGACCGCAGAGGCCAAGAAGAAAUUCCUGAUGGGACACCCGGAGCUAACCCGUCUCUGGAACGUCUGCCCUGACAACAUGGAGGCGUGCAAGUCGACCAAGCGCGACUUCCUGCCGGCGCUGGACACGUUCUUUGACGAGGCCAUCACCCAGAUGGACCCGGCCAGCUGCGUGGAGGAACAGUACAAGGUGAUCAACAACGGCGACUACGGGUGGCGCGCGCUGCGUCUGCUGGCGCGCCGCUCGCCGCACUUUUUUGCGGCGGCCCAGAAGAUCCCCAACUCGCUGCCCGACUACUUGGACACAAUCCUGAAGAAGGUGGCCAGCGACAUACCGAAGUUCAGCGGCAGUGCCGGCGGCCCGGGCGGUGAGCCGGCCGCUGCUGCGGCCGAGGAGGCCGUAGCGGAGGGCGGAGCGGAGGCCGAGGAGCUCCGCGCCGCAGAGGAGGCCUCUGAGGAGGCGCCGGCCGCACGCCGCGUGCACCCCGUCACCGAGGCGCUCACUCAGAAGAUCGCCGCCGGUCUGGGUGCGGAGUGGGAGCGGCUGGCCUCCAAACUGGGCUUCCAGUCCGAUGAGGUGGACUACUUUAUCAGCGAGCAGAGCACGCCGGAGGCGCGAGCAGCGAUGAUGUUCCGCCAGUGGCUGGACAACGAGCGUGAGGAGGCCACGCAGGAAGAGCUGCUGUACGCCCUGGAGGCCGUCAAGCUGGACACCCGGGUGCGUCACCUGUUCGACCCGGAGGUGCGCGGAGACGAGGAGCCACCGCCGGCCGAGAGCUAGCCGAGGAACUCACCCGAGGAUGACACACAUUAGUGGUGGGGAGGGAAAUAUCCACUCAGCUAGAGGUGGUGAAAUUCACCAGCUGCUGUCGGCUGUAUGUUGGGUAGCCGCCAGGCAGACGCCGAUGCCCACUAGCUAUCGCCGUCGCCUACUAGCUAACGCCGGUAGCUGCUAGCCUAUGGAGCGAUACGGUACGUCAUGCGAUGGCUAACCAUCAAUAAACUGAGUUGUGCCACACGGACCAUGAUCCGGCCUGGCACCGGUCGAGCACGGUCAGCAUGAGCCUUGAAUGUGAGAUACGCACCUCGUUCUGUCAUGGGACUGAGGGUUUGGACUCUGGACGGCUGGGCGGCAUUGGACUGAAUGGACGGCUGAAAGGAGAAUGCGAUGCAGACCUAAUGGGAGUUGACUGAACUACCGAUGUUAUCAUAAAUUGCGCUCAGUGGACUGAUUCGAGAGGUGGCCUGGCCACGCUGACUGGCCAACCUGUUUGUUCAUCGUAGUUUUGACAUUGACUCUCACAUCACUUCUCACUGUCACUAUCUCACUGUCACUCUCCACGCUAGGAGCCGACUGAAAUCGUCGGCUUCGAAACGCCUCACGAAUUUUGUGGCACGUUUAGGUGCCGGCCUGUGCUGUGCCCCGAUGUUUGCUGGAUCUCGCUACAAUCAUCGAGCUAUGAACAGGGAGUCGUUUUAAGGUUCUGUCAAGCCGUGCGUCACAAUGUACAAAAAUACAUUUGUUGGCCUGUCUGUGA